AUGCCUCGAAGAAACCGCAGGGCCCGUGAGGAUAGGGAUGCCGAAGAUCUUAUUGACGAUGAAGAACAACCUCCUACCAUUGAGCCUUACACCGUCCUUGGCAUCGAGAAGUCGGCAACCGCAGAUGAGAUCAAAUCGGCGUAUCGCAAGGCUGCGCUGAAGCACCACCCUGACAAGGCUCCCGAGCACCGCAAAGACGAAGCGCACACCAAGUUCCAAGAAGUUGCCUUUGCAUAUGCCGUCCUCUCAGACCCCGUCCGCCGUAAGCGCUACGAUGCUACAGGCUCGACGUCCGAAUCCGUCGAUAUGGAUGAUGGCUUCAGCUGGGCCGAGUUCUACUCUGAGCAGUUCCGCGAUGUCAUUACCGCUGACUCGAUCGAGGUGUUCUCUCGGGGAUACAAGGGUUCGGAUGAGGAGAAGGACGAUCUAUUGAAUGCUUAUACUAGGUUCAAGGGAAAGUGGAGUGGUAUCUAUGAGACUGUCAUACUCAGUGACCCCUUGAAGGACGAGGAGAGGUUUAGGGGUAUUAUUGAUGAGGCUAUCAAGGAGGGGGAAGUAAAGGUUUAUUCGUUGUACACAAAUGAGACCGAGAAGCAGAAGGCGACGAGGAUGCGGGCUGCCAAUAGAGAUGGGAAGGCUGCUAUGGCGCAUGCCAAGAAAAUCGGCGUCUACGACAAGCUAUUCGGGAAGGGAGAGGAUGGCGAGAGUGAUGGGGAGAGCGCUUUGGCUGCUAUGAUUCAGAAGAGACAAGUUGAUCGAGGCUCGUUCUUGGACAAUCUGGAAGCGAGGUAUGCUGCCGAGAGUAGGAAACCACAGGGAAAGAAGGGCAAGAAGAGACAACCUACCUGGGGUAGCAACAUCGCCAAUUCAACCCCUCCUGGGUUUCUCACAUACAUAACCCCAAUUGACCAUGCCAUGACAUCCGGAACCUGCAAUCCGCCAAUCUACCCAGAUUACUGCCACGAGCUGUCGCCGACAAUCAAACGAUGGUGCCCGUUACGCGCAACUGAUAUAUAUGCGCUGGAUUGGUGGGAGAUGUUUAAUAACGGCUUAUUAUCGUUGGGUUGGUUUUUAGGUCGACCUGUUUAUCAUCAUGGUAAUCAUCCUGUGAAAUGGGUGCGUGUUACUGGGGUUAUUGUUGCGGUGGAUGAGUUCUAUGGGCGUAAGGUCGUUACGCUGGAUGAUAGUAGCGGGAUGUGCAUCGAGUGUACUUGUCCUGCUCCUGUGCCUCAGGCGGCAACAGUGUCUUCGGACACUGCAGCGCGUCCUACAGUCGUCGUCACGAGGAAUCAAGCAGCUGCUGUUGCACAACAGACCGAAGGACCUACGGUCGCCAACCCCAAGAUACCAUGGGAUGAUGUGGAUGUAGGGGUGGUGGUUAAGAUCAAAGGGGCCGUUAAAGAUUUCAGGGAGGAUGAGAGGCAGGUGGAGAUUAUCAAGGUCGAGGUGCUGAGGAGUACGGACCAGGAGGUUAGCUGUUGGGAUGAGGUGCUUGCGUUUCGUAGGGAGGUGCUCGGGGUGCCGUGGGUGGUUAGUGUGGAGAUGGAGGAGAAGUAUAAGAGGAGGGCUAUGAGGGAGAAGAAGCAUGAGAAGAAGGGCAAGACUGAGGACGGGAAACGCCAGAAAAGCAGCACAGAAAAGUUGCGUGGAAAGCCUGAUAUGAGGCAGCCAAGGAGUGCGGCUGCUCAAGACGUUCGGGCUGGUAGAAGGCGGGAAACUAGAACGGAGGAGCAAGGCGGAAAGCUUGAGAACAAGCACAAGAGGACGGUUGAAGGUGCGAUUCACGAAGUCAGUGAUGGACUUAGGAGGGAGAAAGCUAAGCGCAGGAAAGAAGAUGGCCUUGAUCCUGCGAACAAAGCAAACUACCCCUCUUUGGCCGUCAGGAGAAGAGUUGCUGGGAAAUACGAUGCUUUGGGUAUUUAG